GGGAGGAGAGGGGAGCCGUCUACCUUCCGCUUCUGGGCUGGAUUGACACACAAUGAGGAGCAGAGGCUGGGGAGACGCUCCACAAACGCCGCUGUAAAUAAAUACAACAAUCAGUGAAGCCAGAGAAACAUGGAGAAUCAGUGUACGGUGCAAGUCAAGCUGGAGUUGGGCCACCGAGCUCAGCUGAGGAAGAAAGUGACGUCGGAAGGUUUCACCCACGACUGGAUGGUGUUUGUCCGAGGGCCAGAGACGGGCGACAUCCAACACUUUGUAGAGAAGGUUGUCUUCCGCCUGCACGAGAGCUUCCCAAAACCCAAGAGAGUAUGCAAGGAGCCGCCGUACAAAGUGGAAGAGUCGGGCUAUGCUGGGUUCCUCAUGCCUAUUGAGGUUUACUUCAAAAACAAGGAGGAGCCCAAAAGUGUGUAUUUCAACUACGACUUGUUUCUUAACUUGGAGGGAAACCCACCAGUGAACCACCUACGUUGUGAGAAGCUCACUUUUAACAACCCCACCAAAGAAUUCAGGAGAAAGCUGAUCAAAGCUGGAGGGGUGCUGGUGGUCCCUGAGGGGGCUGAAGCUGUGUCCAGACCCAGUCCGGACUACCCGAUGCUGCCCACCAUCCCCCUCUCAGCCUUCUCGGACCCCAAGAAGACCAAGACUUCUCAUGUGUCAAAGGAACCCAGCAAAGAUGGAAGUGGUGGCAGCAGCAAAGGACCCAAACCACACAAGCUGACCAAGGAGCACCGUGAGCGCCCCCGUAAAGACUCUGAGAGUAAAUCCACGUCAAAAGGAGACAAUGAUCGAGAUGGAAGCAGCAAAAGCGGCCGUGAUCUUUCCUUAUCCUCGUCAUCGUCGAAAAAGCCGUCAGACAUCAAAGUGAAAGAGGAGGUGAAGGUCCUUCCCAAGGCUGCCUUCAAGGAGCCCAAGCUCACCCUGAAGGAGUCAAAAAUGGACGGCAUGUCCCCGAAAGGAGGGGGGGCUGGGAGCGGAGGGGGCGGUGGGGGAGGAGGCGGAGGAGGGCCCGCGGAUUCCAAAGCCCCGGGGAAACGGCCCUCCACGGUGGAGUCGCCGAAGCCCAGCGCCAAGAAACAGAAGAAGGGCAGCUCCGAGGGCCUGAAGGGGCCGACCGGCGGAGCCUUCACAGGGACGUCCCCCCGUGUGUCGUCCUCAUCCGCAGCCAGUCAGUCGUACGGCGAGAAGAAGCAAGGCAAAGGGAAAGGACGCUGGCACAAGAGCAAAAACGAAGCUCAGGAGUUGAAAGAGCCCAAAAAACCUCCCGAGUCUGAAGAGUCGAACUCAGAAGAUGAAGCAUCUUCGAAGUCUGAGCAGUCGGCUCCCUCCAGCCCUUCCAACUCCAGCUCCAGCUCUGACUCCAGCUCAGACUCGGACUUUGAGCCAGGACAGAAACAAGGUCAAGGCCCUCUGCGCUCUAUGGUGGAGGAAAUCCAGUCAGAGGAGUCAGAUGACGACGACAGCAGCUCCGAAGAGGAGACGCCCAUCAAAACCAACCCGCCCAACCGUGACUCUCGACUCAGCCUGGACAGCGAGAGCGACAGCAGUGACGGCUCGCAUCGCCCCAGUCGAGACCCCGCCCCACCUCCUCAGAAACACAGCACCUCUAAUAACAAAAUGUCAGUCAGAAAGAGUCCAGACUCGUUUCGCUCAGAGAAAGUGAUGAAGAAGGGAUACGACAAGGUAGGAAGGGCCUACACAGAAGAACUGGUGGAUCUCCACCGCAGACUGAUGGCAUUAAGGGAGCGUAACGUCCUACAGCAGAUCGUCAACCUGAUUGAGGAGACGGGCCACUUCAACGUGACCAACACCACCUUUGACUUUGACCUCUUUUCACUGGACGAGUCCACUGUCCGCAAACUACAGAGCUACCUGGAGGCCACGGCCACGUGACAGCGAGUGGGAGCCAGCGUGUGGACGAUGGCGGCGACAGCAGAGGUAGCCACGCCGCCUCCUUCCAAACUCUCUGAGGAGGAGACGAGCGGCGGCGUCUGUUGUAGCCCUCUCAUGGGCGUGACUGAACCAUCAAACGGCUACCACACACACAGAAACACACGAGCAAACACACAAAGCACACACAGAACCACAACACCACUAUCACGCGGGGAAAGAACUGGAGGAGGAAGGAGCGCCGUAGCAGCUGAACUCCGUCUACAGUCAGGACUUUCACCACACACCUCUCAUCUUGAGUCUGUGCAGAGCUGUGGAAUUCACCCCACAACCCCCCCUUCAGCCUCCCGCACUCACACUGCUCCCCUCUCUGCAAACCUAGCACCCCCCCCUCUUCUUCCUCCUCGUGUUCUUCCUCCUCUUUACACGCACACUCCUCACUCGACAGAACACUCCAGUUCUCUCCCCCGUCUUGUCAGCUGGAGCUCAUUUCUCUCCCGACAUGCUCUCCAGUCCUCUGUGUGGGUCUGUGUGCGUCCGUGAGCACUGCGGAGGGUUCAGAGGAGCUUGUUUUCUUUGUGGUUACUGACUUUUCUUUGUUUGUGAAGUUCGAGCACAAACAGCCACCUGUUUCAUUUCUCCCCCGAGCACACACACACACACACACACACCGAUGGACGCAAAUUCAGGUAGCACUUGAUACGUGGUAAUGCUGGUUAUCUAAACAUUGGUCAGACGGCCUGAAACACACUAUGAUGUACCUAUAAAGAGAUGAUUGGGAAUAUACAGCAGUAUUGAAACAAUACAGUAUAAGUUUAAAUACUAAAUGAUACUAAAGGAUAAUUUUGUAUCGCUUUAAAAUACUUCUGGCUGAUGUCUUUUAGUCUUAGUCGCUACUUGCUAAAGCCUUCAGAAGUCCAGGUAAACAAAACCGAGAAAAAAAUUCACGUGCAGCAGCAUCCAGCGACAUGGGAAUGUUGCACACAAAAUCAUCUGUGGCCAUGCAUGUUGCAGUGAUGUUCUCUUUGAAAAGUUGUCAGAUGAUCAUUUUAGUUUUUAAACGCAAAAUGACUAUUUUUUGUUUGUUUGUUUGUUUUUUCCCGUAAAGCCUCAUGUUUGCUUAAACAUUGAUUUUAUGACCAUGUCUUAGGUUGUUCAUGGUGUGAUGCUGGGGUCUGAAAACACACUUAAUAUGUGUCUUCAAGCUGUAUUUUUCUCCCCACAUCCAACCAAAACUUUUAAACAACGGAUUGAAUUAUGGCUUUUAUAAUUGGCGUUCAGAGUUUCCCAAGUUGACAUAAAUCUGAAACAAUUUUUUUGAUUGUGUGGCAGAAAUUUCAAUUUGUCACAACGUUGAACAUUUCCUAGAAGUUUUUAUGCUAUUCGGUCCCUGUUUUAACUUAAUUUAAAGAUGCUUGGUGCUGUUUUCAGGCAUUAAUUUUAAGUCAUUUGGAGGUGUGGAUGUGUAUAAUAAAUAAAAAGCAAGAACAGAGCAACUGUACCUGAGAAUGUCCUAAUUCAAUGCAACCAGAUAAGUGUGAACACGGGAAAUUAAGCUUUGUCUGGUUCUCAGACAGCAUCGGUCUCUUUCAGUCUCUACAUCUGGAUUUAUGAUUUCAGAAUGACUGGUAAACCAAGCCGAUUGCUAAAACGUUUUUCUUUAUUCUGCACAUUAACCUUAAGAGAUGGCAUUGCGGCUCAUUCUGGGCUCAUGCUAAAACGGUUCUCUGCUGCUGAACUCGGGUCAAAAUGUCACUCGGUUGCUUUCUUCACUACUUAAUUGUGGAGAAUGUAUCUGGACGCCACGACGUAUAGCACGGCUGUGUCCUUAAGUCAGAAAUGCACAGUGGAAGUGAUUUAAGUAUUCAUAAAAUUACUGCCUCUUCACAUGUCGCUUUGCCUUUUUCUCAUGCAAAGCUGCAGUUAUAAGCUCAGUCCUGUUCCACGUUUACAUGGGCCCUGUAUAACUGGAUUGUAAGGUGAAGCGGAUUGUAAAUGUGUCAUAUAUAAACACCUGAGUGGAUCCGCUUCGUAUUUCAUAUCCGAUUGUACGAGUGUGAGAGUGUUCCCUCGUACGUAGUGACGUGACGACGUGCCCAGUAAACGGGAAGCAGGAAAGUCAGAAAACAAGCAGAAGAACCCGAUGGUGGUGGAGAAGCACUUUCUUAAUACAAACUCUGAGAGAACAAACACUGGAGAGGCGAGAUGGCCACAAAUCGCGCAACAGUGAGUUCAAAGAGCUCCGUAGCAGACUACUAGCGACUGCCCGGCCAGUGUUAUGGAUUAACUGGUUACCGUGUUAACGAGUGACUUUGGAAUUCUGUGUAAACACAUGCUGGUAACAGCAGAUGUUAAAAUACGACACAAAAAGACUCUAAACUUAGAAAUUUACUACAAGUUUCAGUCUGUAUUUCAACAUCCGUUGGUCACAAGUUACCACGGACACCAGUUAAUUCGAAACAUCAACAGGUGGAGCCGAGCCCCGGUGCUUUACACCAGGAUGUGCCACUCGGCAGGGCGCUACCCCGGCCAGGGGAGAACUCGCUCUUUGAGGCGCGUCUCAUGGAGAUGUAACAUUUUUUGAGAUAUCCAGCAGAUAAAAAUACUCUGCUCGACGCUGAGGACUGCUGGCUGCAAUGCUAAAGACCUGAAAGUUCCGAGAGAGACUUUGUGCGCAUGCCACAGGAUGCUGAAUAAUCCGCUUCA